AUGUUGAUGUUGUAUGAAAAGGGCAAAAACGCGACUCUGACCAAACACGUUCAAUCCAUAAAUGACACCUUGAACAUUUACCAUAAUCUCAAGCACAGCGCCGAGUAUUUGCUAAUACCUAACGAUGAGAUACGAGUCAAGUAUAAAGCCAUAGAGUUUUUCAGUGCAAUUACCGUAGCUCUGGGUCUGGUCUUAGACGCAACGGGUCGGCCACUGGAGUCGGGUUUUCUAGAGGGGGUUGAGUCAAACUUUGGCGAUUACACCGAGUGUUUGGACACUGAAAGUCCACAAACGCCCUGGCUCACUCCUAUACGAGGCCAGUACUGUAUGCUCAAAGUCAUACUUCCGUUCCCGCCCAUGAAUUCCUCUAACAUCGAUCGUGAUAAAAUAUUGCCCGCAUUUUCCAUGCUGCUUGACUACCACGGGUUGCACCAGUUGGCCACUCAACGUGUAUUUUUCCCGAUAACUCGCAUACCUUUAGAGGUGGGCCCGGAAUGUCAAAUAAAAGGCGAGAGGAAACCACUAAGCGCGUACCAACAAUUAGCAAUUUUAUUAUUAAUUGCUAUAACCAUCACCGUGGCAUUCAGCACCGGGUACGAGUGGGUACUACUUCGUGACCGAAAGUACCACGAUAGUAAACAGGAACAAUUACUGACAUCAUUUUCACUGAUCCGUAACACUGGUGUAUUAUUUGAAAAAAGUACCAAGUUCGCCUGCCUUGAUACAUUCAGGCUAUUAUGGAUUGUGAAUGUACACGCAGCCCAUAUGUACCAAUACGCUGGUAGCCUGGGUCAGUUAAGUUUUAAAAAAGUGCUCAGCGAUGUCAUGCAUAAAGAGUUUGCCGAUAAUAAGUAUAUUUUUUCGCGCAAUGAUAUCAUACUCGACGGCUUGUUUACGCUGAGCGGAUUUCUACUAUCAUUAAGCAUAUUAAAUGCUUUACGUAAACCAAACUCGGCGUUCAAGUACUGGUCGUUUAUAUUGCAGCGUUACCUGCGUUUCGUGGCCCUCAUGUUUGGCGCCAUACCAUUCUUCAUACUGUAUGGCUUGACAGGUGACGGUCCCAUUUGGCACACAGGGGUCAAAUGGGUUACGCCAGGAUGCGAGAACUCGGAUAAUUUGCUUAAAAUGGCCAUGCUGAUCCACAACUUUCGCCACGAUAUUAAAGACAUGCAUCAAAUAGCCGACUCUAAGUGCAAUCCACCAUCAUGGUUCAUAUCAGCAUUAAUGCAAUUAACAUUGAUAUCUACUCCGUUUGUACUGAUAUACCACCGAAAUCGGCGCAUAGGUUUACUGACCGUUAUUAUGGCAAUAGGUGCCGGUGUUAUUGCAUCUAUAGGGCCAUACCUGUUGUACAACAUCCGGCCAUACCUACAAAUAUGGGAUUUGGAUACUGUAGUAUACAGUUUAUCACGCUCAUAUAACUGGUACCAUUUUAUGCCCAACAAUUACAUCACCUCCUAUUUUGUUGGCAUAGCCUUUGGGUAUCUGAUGCAUCGCAAAUCCCUGAUCAUACACCAAUAUAUUACAUUUAUGUGCUGGUUACUGGCAUUGGUGGCAAUACCCUCGUCUGGGGUUUGGCUGGAUCUAUUUUGCGUGCUGUACUGGACGGGCAGCUUAAAGUUACAAAUUUUUGAACAUUUGGCCAUUGAUUUGAUUUACGUUAUAAUAUUGUCGUAUAUCUACCAUAUACUCAUCGAGAGUCCAUUGGCUAAUAUUAUAACAUUGAUAUUCAAACCAAUCGCUCAAACAAUUAUACCGGUCAUUAAAAACCAAUGGGCCGGCAGUUACGACUACAUAGUAGUGGGCUCGGGCUCGGCCGGUGCUGUCAUAGCCUCCCGACUCACCGAAAACCCGGGGGUAACUGUACUACUACUAGAGGCUGGAGGGCCCCAAAAUACCGUAUCGGAUAUGCCCGGACUGACCCCAGCCCUAGUGGGCACCGAGGUGGAUUGGCAAUAUACUACGGUGCCACAGACCCGUAUAGGCCAGGCCUAUACUGGUCGA